AUGACUUUGGCACCUGUCGGGUUGACAUCGUCAUCAUGUCUCGUGUAUAAUAAGAGCAAGAAGCUUGUUAUGGAUCCACCUUUCUAUUAUCAAUCCUCAUUUUCAGGACAUUUUCAUCGUCGAGUGACUUUAAUCUCAUCACCUAAACUAUCACAGCAGCCAAAAGACAUUCAAAACAAUGGCCGUCCAAAGGCAAAGAAACAAGUGCGAUUCUGCAGCGAUGAUCAACUGGAGCGUGUCAGGUUUUUCUUGAAAAACCAGGAACCGAUUGCCCUUAGGGAAGGUGAUGCAUCAUGCUUGUCCACUGUUUUGAACCUCAAGUGUCAUCCAAAUUGGCCCAACAACAUGUCAUUGGAAAGUCAACCACAACGCGGGGUGAUUCGUAUGGAAUCGGUGGAACAAGUAAUAACCAAAACAAGAAGAGUGACACUGAUGGGUCAAUGUCGCGUGGCCAACCUUGCAUUUCAAAAGCAUGUCGCUGUACGAUACACGACCAAUGAUUGGCAUUCAUACCAAGAAGCCGAAGCGGUUUAUCAAGAGCCGAUUUUAAGCUGUGGCAGCCCAUGGGAUCGAUUCGUCUUUCAUAUUGAUUUGGAUGACAACAAGUUGACUAGUAGUAGUACCUCUGUUUCUUUUGCCCUUCGUUACAUUGUCAAUGGCAGAGAGUACUGGGAUAACAAUGACGGCCUCAACUACCUGAUCAAUGUUGCUGUGGUAAGCGACCACAGUGAUCACAUGAUCGAUAAGAAGGAUAGACGCACCAAAACUUCAACGCAAGGUCGUCAUGGCAACAUACCACCCGAGGGCCCAGGGCUAGAAGGCACAAUGAAGACUCCUGCCAAAGAAAGGCUUGCCCAUCGAUACAACUUUGGCGCUUCGUUGUCAGCAGCCAAGAAAGCUCUACCCAUUCAUAAGAAGCAUUCCAAUAAUCCUGACGGGCAACAGCAUCAUGAAGGUGGUAGCGAGCUUAAGUAUCGAGACAUCAUUGCCAGACACUGCAUUUAUGAUCAUCCGACGCCGACUACAACAUCCUUGCCCUCCCCUAGUGCUUGUCCAAAACCCGUUUGCGGCUAA